GGGUUUUUUUUGUGGUGGCGAUUAAAAGUGUGGAACCCGUUUUUCGCCCUCCGUGUCAACGAGUUUAUUGUGGGGCUUCGCUAAAUGUUAGCAUCCGUCGUUAGCUUCAAUGAAAACUGUUAGUCCUGCUACUACUACUAUAACUACUUCAGGAACGCCGCGUCGACCAAGGAAAAAAAAAACCCGAAUGUUUGACUACUACAGAGGUAGCCAAGAUACCAUUUGGAGGAAUGUUUAAAUCGAGUUGUACUUAUUUCUCAUUUUUACGACACAAUGAAAGUGGUCGCUGGGCUACGAGCAUUGGUGGCCAUCUGUCCGGCACUUCGCAGGUCCUGAAUGCGGCUCGGCCCCAUUUAGCGACAGUCACUUCCGUAUGUCUACAUUUCCUUACGCGAUAUUGCGCAAAAAUGCAAAUAAUCAAGACUGCCUAGCAAUUUGCAUAACGUGUGUGUAGAGGUUGGAGAUUAAACGGCCUCAAGUGUUGAGCCGGUGCGGUGAAGAUGGCGGGGGCUUAUGAAUGGAAGACGACACGUGAGCGUGAUUAUAAAAAAGCCUCGGUCCAUAGUUUCCCUUUCCACCGUCCACACGCAAAGCCGUCGGUUUAGUUGAACGCCCCGAGUCGACUAGGGUGGGAUUGUGAGCUUUAUAUAUGUAUAUACGCACUUAAAAAGCCGGUUUGUGCGGCGCCUUGAAGCGAAAAUGGCCACCCUGCGGCACUGUGCGUGUCUUCGGGACUGUCUAAAACGCAGGCAGUUAAAAAAAAAAAGCUUAAUGUGGCAUAAACGACGGCCAAACGUAAUCUAACGUGUACACAUGUACAUCUCCGCUAAAUGGCCAUGAAAUCCUAAAUAUGUGGGCGGUUGCUUUGAUAUUUACAAAGGUGAACGUGGGGAGAGAUGCACAUGCACAUGUGAAAUUUUGGUGGCGAGCGGAAGUAGUUUUUUAACAUUUAGACAUCUUGAGCUUUUAUACACGCACACGAAGCGUUUUAGACUGCUCCGUGUCUUCCCACAUACAGUAGAGUAAGACGUUUACCGCGUCAGGUUAUUCCACACUGCGUUUUAGAAGUCGUCUUAUGUUUUCGCCUGCCUGGAGUUGAUUAAAACCCUUGUGUGCAGUAUUUUCCCACCCAUAAGUGAGCACAUAUUUGAAAAAACGUUACCACACACACACACGCACACACAAAAACUAAUGAGUUCCUCUCAGUCCACCCACAAAGGUAUUUCGGGGGAGUUUAUUUGAACACAAAGCUAUUUAUUCAGGUGUUUGAAUUACAAGAGAUGGAUACGGGUUAAUUGUACGUUCUAUCAUCUAGUGGAAGAGUAUUUAAUUGUUCUGCCUGUCACUAUACAUCAAUUGCAUCAAUAGAUGAACGAUAACAACAAUGGCGUAUGUGUCGCAAAUGCUUUCGGCCAAUUAAGGGUCAUUUCCGAUGUUAUACCCCAUCUCUCAUUGGGACACUAGUUGGGAAUUGCGGAUCUAAAGCAAAUUUCUCUCUGUUCUUUCAGGAUGUUCCCUGCUCAUCUGCUACUCUUACAGUUUCACAAUGGCCACCUCGUCACACCGCGCACUAGCUCAGACCCAAAGAAACUGCUGCCUGUUUAGUAUAAUUAUAGGAUAGCAAUAAGCCCCAUAAAUAGGCACUCUAUACCUCUCCUUUCUUGCCUGCCCCAGUAAAACUGGUGGACCUUCAAGAAAAAUAUUUAUUUCUUCAUACCUCUAAUAAUUACUGUUUACAUAUUAGAGCAUUUAAAAAAUGGUUUCGACAACGGCAACCGUGACUGCGUUGGUGGUAGCCACUACGGUAGCGACACGUGGCCCCCUGACGGGUUACCUAUGGUUGCUGAUCAUCGGCUUCAUCAUCGCUUUCAUCUUGGCCUUCUCUGUGGGCGCCAAUGACGUCGCCAACUCAUUUGGCACCGCGGUGGGCUCUGGCGUGGUCACCCUAAAACAAGCUUGCAUCCUGGCCACCAUCUUUGAGACGCUGGGCUCGGUGCUCCUCGGCGCCAAAGUCAGCGAAACCAUCCGCAAGGGCAUCAUCGACGUGGGCAUGUACAACGGUUCCGAGCAGGUGUUGAUGGCCGGAUCCAUCAGUGCCAUGUUUGGUUCUGCCGUGUGGCAGCUGGCUGCUUCAUUCCUCAAGCUGCCCAUCUCCGGAACACACUGCAUCGUCGGCGCUACCAUCGGCUUCUCGUUAGUAGCCCGAGGCCAGCAGGGAGUCAGGUGGCUGCAGCUUCUCCGUAUCGUUGCGUCUUGGUUUCUGAGCCCCCUUCUGUCCGGUAUAACGUCUGCUCUGGUUUUCUACUUUGUGCGCAUGUUCAUCUUGCACAAGAAAGACCCGGUGCCGAAUGGGUUGAAGGCCCUGCCUGUGUUUUACGCCAUAACCAUGGGAAUCAACCUGUUCUCCAUCAUGUUCACUGGGGCUACGAUGCUGGGGUUCGACAAGCUCCCCUGGUGGGGCAUGCUGCUCAUCUCGCUGGGCUGCGCGCUGCUGACGGCCGUGGCGGUGUGGUUCCUCGUGUGCCCGCGCCUGAAGAAGAAGAUUGAGCGCGAUCUCAAGUCUUCCAGCCCCUCGGAGAGCCCCCUCAUGCGGAAGAGCGAGCUGAGGGAGCCCCACUGUCCCAUCCUCAAACACACCGACAAGGAGGCACCGCCGCCGGCCGCCGAUCAAAGCCCCGUGGCCCCGCCCCCUACCGAGGAGCGCCGCGUGGCGUUCGACAUCGGCGACGGUGACGAGGGCGACGCCGUCAAAGAGCGCAAGGUGGCCUUUGACGUGGGGGAGUCGGACGAAACUGAGACGGAGUGUAACAAUGCAAAUGGUGUCCCCAAGCAGCACAGCAACGGUUCUGCCACCGGACCGCAUCAGGUCCAGUUCAACAACCGGCCGGCGCAGGCCCCGAGCAACGGCUACAGUCAGUACCACACGGUCCACAAGGACUCGGGCCUGUACAAAGACCUGCUGCACAAGCUCCACCUGGCCAAGGUGGGCGACUGCAUGGGCGAGAGCGGCGACCGGCCCAUCCGCCGCAACAACAGCUACACGUCCUACACCAUGGCCAUCAUCGGCAUGCACGCCGACUUCAAGCACAAGGACGGCGACGGCCAGGAUGGGGAAAAGGCCCCCGGGCAGGGCCAGGACAGGAAGCGCAUCCGCAUGGACAGCUACACCAGCUACUGCAACGCCGUGGCCGAGCACGCCGCGCCCGAAGGCCUCGGUGAGGACGACGUGGCACUGGAGAUGGGCAAGGAGGACGCGGGCAGCACCCAGAGCUCCCUGGACGAGGACGGACUGGAUGCCGACAAACCCGAAGUGUCCACGCUCUUUCAGUUCCUCCAAAUUCUCACCGCCUGCUUCGGUUCCUUCGCGCACGGAGGGAACGACGUCAGCAACGCUAUCGGACCGUUGGUGGCGCUUUGGCUGGUUUACAUCACCGGCGACGUGAUGUCCACUCAAGACACGCCCAAGUGGCUGCUGCUCUACGGAGGUCUGGGCAUCUGCAUUGGCCUGUGGGUCUGGGGCCGCAGAGUGAUCCAGACUAUGGGCCGGGACCUCACUCCCAUCACCCCAUCAAGCGGUUUCACCAUCGAGUUGGCCUCGGCUCUGACCGUGGUGGUGGCGUCCAACAUCGGCCUGCCCGUCUCCACCACCCACUGCAAGGUGGGCUCUGUGGUCGCCGUGGGCUGGCUGCGCUCCAGGAAGGCGGUGGACUGGCGUCUCUUUCGCAACAUUUUCAUGGCCUGGUUCGUCACCGUGCCCAUCUCGGGCCUGAUCAGCGCCGCAAUCAUGGCCAUCUUCAUCUACGCCUUCAACGGGACCCUGUGAGCAUUCGGUCCCCUGCCGGGAAGAAGAGGAAAAAAAGACGACGACCGCUCCGGCGCCCACCGAGAGGGGAGCGGAAGUAUACGAGGUUCAUAUAUCGAUCGCUUACCUCAAGCCAACAGAAAAGGAUGGAAAAAAAAAACCAACUGUGUUUAACGGGACUUGUGGUAGAGGCCUUUUGGUUCAUGGCUGCAUCAUGUAACAGCCCAUAAUGUGUUGCUUGAUUCCAGCUAAGCCUCCCAUUGAGAGGAAACUCUAGCAUUUUUGUUCUCACCCGCUUUUUCAUAUCUUAUUCUGUCAGAGGCAACAACUCGAUUUUCUCAUACUUUUUUUUUUGUACUUUGCAGUUCUGUAAAUACAACGGUGCCGUUUUAACUGUUUAAAAAAAGGUUAGGAAAAGAACAAUGAAAAUGCAGUAUUAGACUUGCAGAUGUAAGUUUUCGGUUUCAACAAUGAGCUGGAGGUUGGCAUCGCCGCAAAUGCAGAGAAGCGCGUCAGUGUUGCGCGAGCGCGAUUCUAUCCAACUUAUUUUUGAUCAGGCUUCAGGCAUACUUGGGAAAGUGAGACUGAUGUAACUAUUAAAAAUCCCAGUUGAGGGGCUGCUAAUCAUCGAGAAACAUUUGAUUCAUCAUAUCGGUAACGAUAGACCACAGCGAAAAGCAAAUCAUGCAUUAAGCCGCGAGGGUGUCCACUUAAAACACUUUGAACGACACUCUUCCCUUUUCAUUUACGCUCAAAACCGAGGAAGGUCAAGUACGUAAAUAAAAUGUUGAAACAUAUGAAGCAACCUAACAAUUUCCGCUUUGUGUUCUAGGCGACAAAGCAAACGGUUUGUGUGACUUGGACCGUUUUUCUUGCGCGUGUGACCAUGUUCAAUGUUAACAAUAUGCCGCGAGCCAAUCAAAAGCGAGGUGCGGAAACUAAUUGGGUCACUUUGCUGAAUAAACGCGCUUUGGGAAACAUCCGUGCAGCUAUUGAAACACUGAACAAUAUCGUUACUUGAAUUGGAUGUCAAAGAAGAAUGUAAGUUUUAGCUUGAUGAGAUCAAUCUUGUGUUACAUUUACUCGCGGGUGUCCAACUGCUGGUUUAAUCCUCCCCCACCCACUUUCUCUACCGCAAUCGAAUAACGUGUGGUGGAUUUGAGGACAGAUGUGUUGCAUUCCACUGGUAAUUUGCGUUUUGAUCAUUCUGCCCGCUAAACACCUGUACAUGCUCUAGUUGCCUUAAAGUGUUUCAUUUGCUCUUUAGGUACCAAAGAUUUUUUUUUCCUUUUUUUUUUUUUUAAAUACAUAUGAACACACUGAGCCACAAUACGGAUGGAAAAAAAAUCUAAUUGAAGAAGCAAUGAUGUGUCUAAGUUGUUCAAUAAAAGCUGAGUUCGAACUGUG